AUGGGGGACAAGGAAAUCGAGAUCAAGGCUAUGGAGCAGAUGAAGAUCAUCACGAAGCAAUUGGAGGCCUUCACAUGCCAACGAGAGGAGGACCAGACGCUCCUCGCCAGGCUGGUGCAACGCUUGAUGGCGCUCGAGCAGCGGCUGCCCGCACUGCCCCCGCCUUCAAAUUCCAAGGCUGCAGCAGCCGCCCAUGACGCCACACGUCUUGGUGCUAGAAGAAACGCCACACAAAACCCCCAUUACCCAGGGCGGCGGCCCGGUCGGUACGAACGCGGAACGCCGGCGGCGCUGGCGGCGCCUGCGCCCAACGCCAGCGGAAUCAGGCCUGUAAAAUGCGACGCCUUCAAGAGCUGGCUGCAGGAGUACGCGCAGAAACUCGGCGUCGCGGCUCCGGAGUAUCACACCCUCAAGGAGGGGCCCUUCCAUGAGCCCAUCUUCAAGUCCGCGGUCGUGAUCGAUGGCGCCAAGUUCGACUCGCUGCCCGGAUUUUUCACCCGGAAGGCCGCAGAGCAGUCGGCUGCUGAAAUCGCCCUCAUGGAAAUUGUCGAGUCCAUCCCAACCAUUGGGAGAAUCCCAGCAGCUCUAGAAACUGGCCUCUGCAAGAAUCUUCUUCAGGAGUAUGCUCAGAAGAUGAAUUACACUCCAUCUUAUAGCUUGACCAGACAAGCUUCAGGGGUGGCUCCUUUUACAUGCACCGUAGAGAUUGGUGGUAUACAAUACAUUGGUCCUGCAGCCAGGUCAAAGAAAGUGGCAGAGAUAAAAGGAGCCCGAACUGCUCUUCUUGCAAUACAAGGUCAACUAGAGGGUCGCGGAAGUGGUGCCACAAAGCAUAUUGUAGUUCCUAGCAAAAGGCAAGUUAAGGAGACAGCAAAAAAGCCAAUUGAAAUCCCAAAACCACUUGAGGUGAAGAAUGGUGGUUUCAAGAAGAAAUGGAACAAGAGGAAGUUCAUGAAAAGGAAUCGCCAAGCAGUUGAUGUGGAAAAGAAUGAAGGAAAAAUGGCUGGAGAUGUCAUUAACCCAGUGUCCCGAUGCAUCCAACAAUCAACACAGGAGCCACCCAGCGACACUGUCAUGCUGAAAGAUGAUGAGGAAGCUAAAAGAGUAGUACAGGAGCCAGGCUACGACGCUGUAAUGCUGCAACCUAGUAAGGAAGCUAGAAGAGCAGAACAGGAGUCCGGCAUUGCAGUGCUGAAACCUGAUGAGUUAGAUAGAAGAGUAGAACAUGUGCAAGGCAGUGACAUUGUGAUGCUGCCACCUGAUCACGAAACUAGAAGAGUAAAACAUGUGCCAGGCAGUGACACUGCAAUGCUUCAACGUAAUAACGAAGCUAGAAGCGUAGAACAGGAGCCGCCAAGAGAUUCUGGAAUGGCGCGAUCUAAUAAGGAAGCUGGAUGCAUAAACCAGGAGUGAGACUGCAAUGCCUCACAAUGUCAGGAAAGCUAGAACCAUGAAGCAUGAUUCACAGCACCGGUGCAGCCUAAUGUAGAUGCUGCAGACCUGAAGGUGGACCCACCGAGCAACGGUGCAAACAAACCAGGACCUUGCGACGUAAUCAUUUUGUGGAUAUGGCAGGAAUGGGUUGAGAUCAUAUUUAUCCAACUCUUCGACCACAGAACGAAUCGGUAGCCUUGGAAUGUUUAAUGUGUUGAUCUUGAAAGAAGUGGAACCUGAAUAUGUAUAGGUGGCUGUGCAGCUAGUGUGGAGCGAUGCAAUUUGCAAAUAUGUGUAGUGAGGAUUGUUAGUCCUGCCAGCUAGUUUUUUCUUUUUCUUUUUGCCUAGGAUUUUUAAGAGAUUACUAAGAAAAGAAACUGAGGUUUGUGAUGCAUGCA